AUGGGUAGUUGUAAAGGCUGCUACGGUAAAAUAAUAAUGCGGCGUCGGACGGUAGAAGAGGAGGAGGAGGCAGAGAGCGCGGCAGGGGCGGUGGAGGAGGACGAGUUGGAGGCUGUGCAAGUGUUGGGUAUGGGUCCGUUGCGUGUUUCGGUGGAGACAGAGGCGGAAGAGGCGAGGAGUUCUUCGACCAGUUCAGUAUGUGAGGACUUAGUUUCGUGUGUAUUUACAUGGGCACAUGGCGGCCAUGAGGUGUUCCUAACGGGCAGCUUUAAUGACUGGUCGGCGCGAGUGAAAAUGGUUAAGGCUGGCCACGAAUUCGUGACUGCAUUGGAACUACCACGAGGCAAACACUCAUACAAGUUCGUCGUUGACGACAUCUGGAAGUUCGCACCCGACCAGGAAACUGCCACGGACGAACAUGGCUUCGUUAACAACGUCAUCGAUAUCUCGGAUCAUCAACACUUCCGAUGCGUCGAUCUACAACCCACACUUACCAAUCUCAACUUCUCACAAGACAUACCCGAACUCACGGAAUAUACCUCAGACGCGCCUGCUAUUCCCCUCCUGUUCAGCAAAGUCCAGUGUCCCGCCACCCACCCCCCGCCACCCCUCAUUGCGCCACUACACGGACUCGCCAACCACAUCUACCAUGACUCCUCCGUCACCACCGCUAUCGGGUAA